UUGACUUCGUCUUUUCGACGACAAAAUGGCCUGGAUUGACAACAGUAAAAUAUCACGGUUGUUUUUAGAUGUUAUGUCUCGAGAUAGGAAACCGCGCUGUGUUAAAAAAAUGCACAAGAUGUAAAGUUGACCGGAAACGAGGGUCGCAUCUUGUUUUCUUUUCCGGGUUGUCUCUUGUUUCGCUUUGUCGUCGAUUACGUGCGAGCUCCUUGGGUGCAAAAAGACCGUACCGCGUUUCCGACAUGUCGACUGUCAGCCAAAUGCAUGCGUUCCAGAUUCAUUUAACCGAACGUUUUACCAACUUGGCCAUGGAGAUAUUUCAAGAAGUGGCGCUCAUUGUGAAAGGAUACCAAGAGGAGAACGACUGUCUGCGGUCCUUACUGAACAAUGAGAUAAACCCCCGUUGGAAUAUAACCAACAUCGAUCACAAAAGACUGCCUCGGACGUCUACGGCUGUGCAAGAGCAAAUUCCUGAAUUGAACAUUCCAGAGGAAAAGGGACCUGAGAAAAAAACCAAAAGGUCUAAAAUGGAGGAUACUCAGCCAUGGGCUAAUGUAUUGCAGCCAUUUGCUUAUACAGCUAAAGAAGAACAAACAGAAGUACCAGUAUCAUCUGCGGUAGAAGAAUCAGAGCAAACAGGACUGUCAGAGACAUCUGCACUUGAAAGAGCUGUGCCAUUGCCUGAUAUACCUCGAUUCAAGCAAACCAAAGAGUCAGAGCUAUUGGCCAAUGACCCUAAUGGCCAGCAAACAGAAUACAAUAGAAGGUUUGCACUAGAACGAGAGAGUGGAUCAGACCGUGGCGUCACAAUGGAUUGUCCUAAAAUUGAUCCCAAAGAACAAGGAUUUUACACAACCAAAGAAUUCGCUCAGCCGAGCACGAGUGGGAAAAUCACAAACCAAGACCUGCUACUUCAGGAGCGUCCAAAAAUGCCCCUCAAAAAGAAGGGUACCCUGGAUGACAAGCCAAAGAGGAAAACUGUGAUGACAACCAUAGCACUGAAAAAGGAACUUAUUGCCAAGUGGGAGAGAGGUACGCGCGUCUCGGACCUGGCUGUUCAGUACAAUAUGGCUAAGUCGACGGUAUCGACCAUAUUGAAGAGAAAAGAAGCCAUCAAAGCGGCGGAUGUGGCAAAAGGGGUCAAAACGCUCAGCAGCAGAAGAACUGACAAAGUGGAAGAAGUGGAAAAAGUUCUGCUUGAGUGGAUUACUCACAAACAGUUGCGGGGCGACACCGUGUCCGAGACCCUAAUUUGUGACAAGGCAAGGGAGCUGCAUAACGCCCUGACCCGAGACGACCCCGGGCGAAGUGCAGAGGAAUUCAAGGCUAGCAAGGGGUGGUUUGUUAAUUUUAAGGAGAGAAGCGGAAUUCAUGGUGUGCUAAGACCCAGGGAGGCUGCCAGGGCAGGAAAAGAAGACGCCAAAAGAUUCGAAGAUGAAUUUCAAAACGUUGUCGAUAUUCAGCGUUUUCUCCACUGAAAAGUGUUUGUCAAGAGACCUGAACGCCAAAGAGGACCGACAUCACAGGGCAAGAGGACGCUUUCCCAGGAGACAAGUUGGCCUUGCUGCUGAUCUGGGAUGAUGCCAGCCGGGACUGCCAAGUCAAACGACUGCUCCCCGUGUACUAUUCCGAAAACACGAUUUAAGGGAGUAAUUCUUGAAAUGGUAAACACGAGGUGUCAUGGACCUUGGGUUGGACAAACACGCCGUUUGUGAGGAGGUAUAUGGAGGAUGGUCGUGCAACAUUCCUCCUGCAGAAAUCGAGGGACAGUUGGGGUCUUGGAUCUUUUUAUGCACACUUAAAUUGCCAAUAGCACGUCUUUGUAAGCUGUCAUCACUCCUCGUGCAACAGGUUGGUUACACGUUUGCCUCUUUUUACAUUGUUUCCUGUUCACUCCAGUUUAAUUGUGGGCCUCACUCGAAUCGUGAUCCUUCUCCUAUCCAAUCAGCACACGGUAAAUGAUGAUCAUUCAAAAGUUAUCCUUAAUCUUGAUGAAAUUAUUUCAUACUAGUGUGCCAUUAUUACAUAAUACAGUGCUCGUGGUUUUAAAAAUUUUUUUGCAAUAUAGGACACAUUUUCUGGUUAAAAUUUGCAGUAGAAAUUUGAAAUGGCCUAUGUCAAAUAGAUGCCGUUUAAGAGAUACGUGUACUGUACUAAAUUACAACUUAAAACAAUGUUUCAUUAGUACUGUAAUUAAAUAUUCUAUAAUGGCUGAAGUUGA